AUGUUGAGUAAGAAAUUCACGCGAUAUCUCGGUAUCGCGGGAUCAUUGUGUAUCUUCUUCGUGGUCGCCAUCGCCAUCCCCCAAGAGCAGAAGGUAUUGUCCGCACAAGACCAGUACAAGCAAGAAAUCGCAAAGUACCCGAGGUUGUUUCUGGAUUUCAAAUCCACCUUGAAGAAACUUUCCAAAUCCCACAAUCCAACACUAAUUGACGACCCUCGGUUGCAAGGAAAGGACAAGAAGGGCUCUGGUCCGCUCCCAAAGAUCUAUCGCCCGUUCCCGGAUUACGAGAGCGAUGAGUGGAAAGCGAGUCACCGCGGAACCUUCACGGCGUGUGUCGGUCCGCGCGGGCAGUUGUUAAACGAGAGUUUAGACGACCAAGUAAGCGCGUACGAAGGGGUUCCGAAGGGGUUUCCAACGACGUUAUUUGGCUCGCAUGAGGCUGUUGGAUUUGACGGCCAGCUGUCAUUUGAUCGGUACACGAGAUACGGUGCCUACGGCUUCGGGGAAGAAGAGGAGAAUGUCCAUAAUUGGGCCAAACCAAAAAGGGUGAACUGGGACACUAUAAGCUGGGGAAAACUACAAACCGAAUGUGUCGCUCGCAAUGCCGACCGAUUUUCCGAUGGGAAGACGCUCCACGUAGCACACCCAGAGAUUCCCCCCGAAGUGCGCUCGGCCGUUCUUCUUCGCUCCUGGAUCGGAAAGGAGUACCUGGAGAAUGACCUAAUUAACAUGCGUUCCAUGAUUAUGGAGCUUUCCCUCCAGUCUGGUGGAGAAUACGAAGUUUUUUUGCUGGUCCAAGUCAGAGAUGAAAGCAUUGAUAUCCUAGACGAAAAGACGCGGCAACAGCUCUUAAAGGACAACAUACCGCCGGAGUUCUGGGAUAUCACACAUUUCUGGAACGUCGGCCUCGUUCGGCGGCGGUACACGAACUUGAACCCGGAAAUAACCGAGGUCCAUCGUUCGCAGUGGCUUCCCGUCCAGAACUUUAUGCUUGAGAACCCCCAGUUUGAAUAUGUCUGGAACUGGGAAGUUGAUGUUCGAUGGACCGGCCACCUGUACGAACUAGUGGACAAAUCUGCCGAAUUCGGGCGGCGACAACCGCGGCGAGGACUGUGGGAACGCAAUGAGCGAUUCUAUAUCCCAAGCUACCAUGGCGAUUACGAUCACGGGUUCCGCAAGUUUGUUGAAGGGCAGACAGAGCAGGUCACGCACGGGGUCUGGGGCCGGAUGCCCAUGCCGUCCUUUGACGAACGGCGCCUCACUCUCUUGCCUGAAGGGCCCUCGCCCCCGGUGCCGACCCCCAGUCUGGAUAAAUAUGAAUGGGGUGUUGGCGAGGAAGCGGAUCUGCUUGGAUUCCUUCCCUACUUUAAUCCCCACCUGACCGAAUGGGUGAUACGCUACCAGGUGUACGGUUAUGAUGAGCCUUUCACUCCCCGCAGAGCUUGCAUAGUCGCCCAUGAGCGACUCUCGCGACGAUUGAUCCUGGCCAUGGAUUACGAAAAUCUCGAGGGUCGGCAUAUGGGCUCGGAAAUGUGGCCACCGUCAGCGGCGCUAAUGUACGGUCUGAAAGCUGUAACCGUUCCCCACCCGAUUUAUACAGAUCGGAUGCUGCCGGGUGACCGAGUGAGUCGCUGGUUCAAUUCGGGCAUAGAUGGCCGGAGUGGAAGCUCUCCGGACAGUCCCUUCUCCUGGGGCCGCGAGUAUCGUUUUAACGACGUGAGUUGGUAUUUUCGUUGCAACUUGCCUGGCAAAUUAUACUGGAAUUUCCUGGGCUGGGAAAAGGAUGGCACUGGAGGCCCCAGGUAUGAAAAAUCUUACGGGCGGCAUAUUUUGCCAUCGAUUUUGUUCCAUCCCAUCAAGAAUGUCGUGCCAGAUGCGGAGAGCACCAGCUACUACUUUGAGGCCGACAUAGGCGUCGUAGUCGACGCCCAGGGAGUGUCGUAA